AUGAACUGUCUCGGUGGUAGUGCCAAAUUGAAUACUGGUUUCUCAAUACCUAUGAUUGGUCUUGGCACCUAUAAAAUUGUUGGCCAGGAUGCGAUAACUAUGGCUGUUGAUGCUGCUUUGAAAGCUGGCUACCGUUUGUUCGAUACAGCCAAGUAUUACGUGAAUGAACCAGAAUUGGGCAUUGCCCUCCAAAAACUGCUCCCAAAAUAUAACUUGAAGAGAGAAGAAGUUUUCAUUACUACGAAAUUCUUCCUAGCCGAAACAAAUAAUUCUGAGCAUACAAGAAAAAUGGUAGAUGAGUCACUGGAGAAUCUUCGAACAGAGUACCUCGAUUUAGUCCUUAUACAUUAUCCGAAAGCUGAUGUAAGUAAAAACAGUGACCCACGAAAUUCAGAAAAUCGUAAAGAUGCUUACUUGGAACUUGCGAAAUUAAAAGAUGAACACAAAAUACGAUCAAUAGGUGUUUCAAAUUACGAAGUUAAACAUAUUAAAGAGAUUCAAAAUUUCGGGCAAAUUAUGCCUUCUGUAAACCAGGUCGAAUUCCACCCUCAUUUCAUCCGCAAUGAGUUAAGAGAUUAUUGCAAAAGCGAGGGGAUAUUUUUCCAGGCUUAUUCAUCACUGGCUAGAAAUCAUUCUGAUCUUAUGUCUGAUUUCGUAGUUGUUGAAACAGCAAAAGCGCAUAACUCAACACCCCAGCUCGUUUUGUUAGCUUGGGCACUGAAUCUUGGUGUUGGCAUUAUACCGAAGUCGUCAAAUCCAGAACGAGUGAUUGACAACGCUAAGGCAGUUGAUAUCAAGCUGACAAGGAAAGAAAUUGAAAGGAUCAUGGAACUGAAUCGAAAUAGGAAUUAUAUAAGAUGCGAUGGUUGGAACGUGGAUUGA